UUCUGAAAGUGUAUUUCCGGAGACACAUACUUCAUUUGAUAAAAACUUCAAUGAGGAGGGUUCAAGGUUACCCCUGGAGGAAAAGGAAAUGGGGCGGAAAAAAGAAGGUCAAGGGAGGAUUGGUGUGAAAAGGUGGGGGGACAUCUGAUGAACCAGGGGGAACAGAGGGAAUACAACAUGGGCCACCCUGCUUCCUUUUUGGGGGUCUGAGCAGGACAGAAUCUGGCUCUUAGAAAAGACUAAGGGUGAAAAAGAUGAACACAGAGAAAAAAUGAAAUCCAGCCACCCAAAGAUGCCAGCGAGAGACUAGAAGUAGAAGGGGGUGCUUAGAGGUUGUCUACUGGGGAGAAUGCAGACGGGCGCAGCCUGCAGGCUGGGACCAGGCAGCACAGGACACGAGGGUCCGGGAAUGCCAAGAAGCGCGGGGUGGAGCCCAAGGGAGUGGGGUGCAGGGGCGCGGAGGGGCGGUGCAGCAGCCGGCGGGGCGGCCCCGGUGGCCGUCGCUCACUUCCGGGAGAGCCGGGCGCCCUGGCCACCGCCCGCUUGCAGUUGCCAGCGGGCCAGGGCCUCAGAGCCUUUGAGCGCCCAGGCCAGGCCGCAGUUCAGCGUCUGCGCAGCUUCGGCCACCGCUUGCCACCAUGGGGGCAUCGGGGCGGCUGCUGCGCGCCGUGAUCAUGGGGGCCCCGGGCUCCGGUAAGGGCACCGUGUCGUCACGCAUCACCAAACACUUCGAGCUGAAGCACCUCUCCAGCGGGGACCUGCUCCGCCAGAACAUGCUGCAGGGCACAGGUGGGAGCCGAGACCGAGGGCUGGCGGCGUGCGAUCGUCCCAGCGGGGCUUUGCGGGCCGGGGUCCAGGGUCCUGCGACGCGGGUACAGUGCUCCCCGACUUCGCCUGGGGAAAGAGCCGCUGCGCCCGGAAUCCUCUGGCCUCCGUGGGCAGCUUCGGGGCAACAGAUUGCAGUGUUAGUUACUGCAAACAGUCCCAAGUCCUGAAGACUGCCCGGGUUCGUUCGCUGCCAUCCAAAGUACAGAAGAAGUCUUUAGGGAUGACUUGCCUACUGACUCGGAGCUGGCCUGACUCUGGGUGGCGAAGAAUGCUCAUUGACAGGAAAACAUUUGAAGAGAGUAAAUGAAAGGGCAUCUAAAUAAAGUUUUGAAAAACGAAGAAACCAUGCUUCUUGCUUCACUUUAACACCUGUUAAGCAUCAAGCUGACCACUACCUGCAACUCUGUAACACAGAAAGCCUCUGGAGAGACGGAGGAGAGAAAACACACAGAGCUGUUCAACUGCCCACUCAGUAGGUUUUUGUGUUAGCAGGGUCUCACACAGUUGCUCUGGCUAGUCUUGAGUUUGUAGCAAUCUUCCUGCCUCAGUUUCAUCAGCGUUGGAACUAAGGAUCUGGAUCCGCCAGGCCCUCCUAGAACUAAAGUUCACCAGGGAAGUCUUUGCAGGUCAAAGUUCAAGGUACACACAGGCAGCUGAGUCUUUGCUCAGCUGGGAAAAGUUACAGAUCUCAGAGAGAAGCCCCAGCCAGGCCCCUUGGGAUGGUUUCCACUGAGCCUGGCUCAUCUAGUUGACACUUGAAAUCCAGAACGGGCAGGUCCUGGGAUGUCAGGGUCACUUGUAUGAACAAUUCCUUAGUAAGCACAAAAACCAAAGCUUGGGAGGGGUCAUGAGACUCUUCCCACAGAUGUUAUGGCUUAUUACGUAGUCUUAUUAAGUGGUAUCUGACAGAUCCUGUGUAGGUCCUUUGCAAAUUUAUAUUAAGAAUAUAGUCUAUAUUCUCUCUAUAUAUUGAGAAUAUAUUCUCAAUAAAUAUUUGUGAAUGGACUGGAUAUUUUCCACAGAAUCAAGCAAAGAAGAUAUAAUCUGGAAAGAAAGAAAUAAAAAACCACUACUGAAAACAAAAUCUGAAAAUGUGCUUCGUGUUUUCUGAUGCUAAGUCACAAGGCAGGAAGAGACGAAGGAAUGAAUGAACAAAUGACUGAACAAACGGGAAAGGAAGGAAGGAAAGCCUGGAGAGUACAGAAGGGGAGCUGACAUUCUGUAUAAACGCCUCACCAGGAGAGGCGGUCAUUAGCCCUCUGGUGCUCUCUCCUUCCCCUCUGUAGCGCUGUGUGCGGUCGGUUGAGCUGCUGUUAUUAGCCUUAUUGCUCGUGUGCUGUGAGCAUGCUUAUGUAUCAUCUCAGAUUCAAUGUCACCCAGGCUGCACAGUGAAUUUAGACUUUGCCCGUUAUCGACUGUUACAUCUCCUUCAGGGCCAGAAACCGAAUCUCAAGCUUUGUGCAUGCUCAUCAGGCACUGUACCCCGGAGCUGGCUCCCCAGAGCCUGAUUUACUGGAUUUCUGUUCUCACCCAUCCUUUGCUGUAAUAAAGAGCGCUGUGCAUCCGAAGAGCUGGCGGCAGCUUUGCUUAUUUUCCUUGGAGUAAAUUCCAGGGGUGGAAUUUCCAGGAACUGCCAAUCAGUUCAUAAAAGUGCUUUUUAUAACCCUGACUACACAGUGUAGAAUGCGUUUGGUGGCCAUGGUGAUAGGAUCCGUUCCUUCCAGCAGUGAUCAUGUCAGUUACCUACUUUGAAAAUGCCAGAUGUGAAUAGUAUUCGCUAAGACAAGAAGUCUAUGUGAGAAAAACAUUCCUCUCAGAAGAGAUAACGACUCUGGAAACACCAGUUGCCCUGUUGACAGUAGCAGACCUGGGCACCUUAGAUUACUAACCAGGACAGAGCAGUCAGACAGCUACAGUCUGAGACUUACAUAGUUACCGGAAUCCUCCCAGUCCUCUCAUGAGAAAACCGAGUUCUCAGAGGUCGAAGAAUUCCCUUAGUGAUAAACAGCUUUUCUGUACUCACCCAGGCAGCACAUAUCCUGAAGUGGCCACGAUACAGAAUCAUUAGUAUGGGCCUAGACAAGGGUGAGAGUCAAAUCAUAUACACAACAACCAAAAUGGAAAUAAGCCGCAUUUUCUGAGGUACCGGGGUGGAAACCCAGGCCCCGAGAGUCAAUUGUAUAUAUUUUUUUCCACAGUUCAGGACUUCCCAAACUGAGGUUCAUGAUGUAAUUUUAAGUAGAUUUUUUUUUCUAAAAAAAAAAAAUUAUUUCAAAACAUAUUUGCAAGAAACGCUAGCUUAUUAUUUUGUGGAUAUUUAAGCUUACUGAUUAAACGGUGUUGCUAAGGGAGACAGUGACACUUCAUCUAAGGCAGACAUAGUAAGCUGAGAGUGUAAGCAGCAAAGUCUGGUCUGCUCGUUGGUGGGUGCUUUAUUUGUAAUGCCAGAGCAGAGGGCUGGCCAUUUAAAUCUCCUUCGCUAUCCUCUGUUCGGAGGGAGAGCCUAACUCAGUAGAUAGUCUUGGGCCCCCAAGUGUCCAUAUGGCCAAGUAUCAUUGUGUAGACCCAUGAGACUAGAUGUGGAGAACUACCUCAGAUUGAGGUAGAAGAGGUUAUUUUAAUAAAGGUAAUUUGUAAUAGUCAAUACGUUUGCUUGGCUUGGAAUUAAAAAAAAAAUUGAAACGAAUAUUUAGCCAUGAGAGCCUUGUAAAACAUUACAUGCACAUGCCAGGCAGUGGUGGCACAUGACUUUAAUUCUAGCGCUUGUGGGGGCUGGAGAGAUGGCUCAGUGGUUAAGAGCCCCGACUGCUCUUCCAGAGGUCCUGAGUUCAAUUCCCAGCAACCACAUGGUAGCUCACAACCAUCUGUAAUGAGAUCUGAUGCCUUUUUCUGGUGUAUCUGAAGAUAGCUACAGUGUACUUAUAUAUAUAUAUAUAAAAUUCUAGCGCUUGUGGGGGCAAAGGCAGUUGGAUCUUAAUAUGUUUGAGGCCAGCCUGGUCUACAGAGCAAGUUCCAGACUACACAGAGACCUCAUCUUAAAAAACCAAAAUAAAUAAUAAAUAAAUAAUAAAUAAAUAAAUAAAAAUUAUUUCAUGCACACAUGACUUAAUGCUAAUCUGCCUUCCCUUAGUGGGAUGGUUCUCAACCUGUGGGUGACAGAGCAAAUUCCAGGGCACAAGGCAACACACAGAGACCUCAUCUUAAAAAAACUAACUAAGGGGUUGGGGAUUUAGCUCAGUGGUAGAGCGCUUGCCUAACAAGCGCAAGGCCCUGGGUUCGGUCCCCAGCUCCGAAAAAAAGAAAAAAGAAAAAGAAAGAAAAAAAAAACUAACUAAACAAACAAGCUUGAUGCUAAUCUGUCUGAUGGUUCUCAACCUGUGUGGGUCAAGACGCCCUGGAGGUUGAAUGAUCCCUUUCACAGGGGUCACCUAAGACCAUCAGGAAACACAAAUAUUUACAUUACGGUUCAUAACAGUAGCAAAACUACAGUAAUGAAGUAGCCACAAAAUAAUUUUAUGGUUGGGGUCACCAGGAUCUGAGAACUGCAUUCAGGGCUCAUAUCACUAGCAAGGCCCGGAAGCACUGCCUUUCUGGAAGUGGGAGCACAGGCCGCUCACAGUGUGUAUGCUGUCUGGGAGUGCCCUUCAUCUCUCCCAGCAUUGCCUUGUUGAGAUGAUUCAUGUACCUUCAACAUCUAAAGUGUAUGUAAGAUCCAGUGCACUUAGUAUGUCACAGAGUUAGGUAACUGUUACCACAACUGAUUUUAGAACAUUUUUAUUACCCACAAAAAAAAAAAAAAAAAAAACC